CACUUCACAUCGCAAUGCGCCAACGCCAAUUUGACGGCCCUAAGCUGCCGGCAGAGCUUUUGCAACAAGUCGGAGUCUUUGCUGGUUCAGGUCGUAAUAGGCAAAAUUACCAAGGAGCAAACGGACGUAAGGCAAAACGGCAAGCAGAACGUGUGCAGAAGAAACAAAUUAAGAGGCUACCAAAGCCCACGCCAAAAAGAUUUGCCAGCCCAGAAGAGGAGUCAUCCCUAGACGAUGCACCUCCUCGAGUCCGAAAUCCUCCACAUGUAGCGACGAAUAGCAAACCUAAAUCAAUACUGAAGAUCACGAAAGCUCCAACACGACAUACUGAUAGCGAAGAUGAGACAGAGCAGGAGGAAGGUAGUACGCGGUCAACAGGAUCCAGGUCAGAGUCGGAGUCGGAGUCGGAGUCCGAAUGCGAGAAAGUGGUUUCUCGUCCGGACAUACCAAACUCGACGAAGCGGCGACUGGAAGAGGAGGAUGCUGAAAUUGCUGCCCUUGAGAGAAAACUUGGGAACAGAGGGAAGAAGGCACAGAAUGGGGAAGAUGACGAUGGGCUCGACUUUAUUCUAGAAGGACUCGGUGGUAGCGACAGCGACACCCAGCCUUCGAAGAGAAAGCGCAGCACUGAAGACGAGGAAUGGCUCGCCAGCAAGAGACGAAAAGCUGAAUCUGAGAAGAAGAAGCGCAAGGUAAAUGCUAAGAUUAAAGCAAAAAAGUCCAAGUUCGAAGAGGAGGCUGAUUCGGACGAAUCCAUUGACUCUGAGCACAGCUCAGAAGAGCCUGACACAGAAGAACAGCUUGAAGAUAGCGCUGUGGAUGACGACUUUUCAGGCUUUGAUUCAGAGACAUCAGAUGAACCUGAGGCCCAACGAAAACCACGAGAAAACCCUUAUGUUGCACCCGUACAAGUCUCCGCCACUCUCUCGUCAGAGAAAUAUGUUCCCCCUUCUCUACGCAAACCUCCUUCGUCCGAGGCAGAGUCCCUUACCCAGCUUCGUCGCCAAGUUCAAGGUCUACUGAACCGUCUUUCUGAAGCCAACCUCCCUACGAUUCUCAAAGACAUCGAGAACGUAUACCUCAACAAUGCGCGGCAAUAUGUUACCACCACGCUCAUCGAUCUCCUACUUACACUUAUAUGCGAUCGCACCACUCUCAAUGAUACCUUCCUAAUUCUUCAUGCUGGCUUCAUCACAGCUGUAUACAAAGUCGUCGGUACGGAUUUUGGAGCACAGCUCGUGGAAAGACUCGUUGCCGAAUUUGAUAAGUCCUACCGAAACAACGCCAAUACUCCCGAGACAGGGAAAGAACCUUCCAAUCUUAUUUCACUCAUGUCGGAGCUUUAUAAUUUUCAAGUGAUUGGCAGCAACAUCAUUUUCGACUAUCUCCGGGAUUUUCUCUCCCAGCUUACUGACCUCCAUACCGAGCUUAUACUGCGCAUGGUCAAGCUGUCGGGCCAUCAGCUCCGACAAGACGACCCCUCAGCGCUGAAACAUAUUGUUCUCCUACUUCAAAAAUCAGUGUCGGAAGCCGGGGAAGCCAAUUUACCCGUACGGACAAAGUUCAUGAUCGAGACCAUCAACAAUCUCAAAAAUAAUCGCAUGAAGACCGGCCUAACAGCCUCCAGCAUCACCGCAGAACACACUACACGCAUGAAGAAACAACUUGGCGCACUUAACACAAGGUCUAUCAAAGCCACUGAGCCGCUCCGCAUCGGCUUGUCAGAUAUACGCAACACAGACAAGAAGGGCAAAUGGUGGCUUGUUGGCGCAAGCUGGAAGGGGAAUGACAGCGCGGCUACUCCCACAUCCACCUCAACCGAAGAUACCCUGUCAUCAUCUUCCAAAUCUAAAACCAAGCCAUUGACACUCGAUCUUCCCGCCGACCUGACCACAACUGAUUGCGAUACAACCCCAUCCGACCUCCCAACUCUCGCCCGCGCCCUGCGCAUGAACACAUCCAUUCGCCGUGCCAUCUUCACGUCUAUAAUGUCCGCCGCAGACUACAAAGAUGCACACACGCGUCUGCUUAAGCUACGUCUCAAGCGUGCCCAAGAGCCCGAGAUUCCUCGCGUACUUCUCGCGUGCGCGGGAGGGGAGACAGCCUACAACCCGUUCUACACUAUCGUCGCGCGAAAACUCUGUGCUACGCAUCGCAUACGUAUGGCGUUUCAGUUUGCGCUGUGGGACUUGGUGAAGAGAAUGAGUGUGGACGAAGAUGAUCAUGACGAUGCUGAAGCCGAUGAAGGUGGUGAUGUGCUUGACAUGCCACGGAUUGUGAACUUCGCUAAGACAUACGGCUCGCUGAUUGCCACACAAGCACUGCCCUUGACAUGUCUUAAAACUAUCGAAUUCCCGUACUUGGAGCCGAAGCUAAGUUCGUUUGUAGAAGUACUUCUCGUGACCGUCAUUCAAGAGGCAGCGAAAAUUGGUAAAGAGAAGACUGGGGAACAUAAGGUGUUGAAGGAAGUCUUUACGGAGGUUAGGCAGACGCCAGGCCUGGCGAGUGGAUUGCAGUAUUUCGUGGGUGAGGUGGUUCGGAAAGGAGAGAUUGUGAGUGGAAGGAAGGAGAGAGGAGCCAUUAGGAAGGGCUGUGAUAUUAUUGGGAAGGUGCUAGCAGGGGCAAGUGAGGAAGCCGUAGAGGAGCAGUGACUUGGUAGUCCAUGUUACCAUGAUACACAUACUAAAGCCACUGUAAAUACGCCUCAUCUUGUGACCUUUGCCCACUGCCAGUAUACUGUGCAAAGCAAUUUUAUAGAAUGCCUUUAUGAAAUACUUGAGCUAAGCUAGAAAUAUGAUACAUGAUUCUCC